CCACUGAUAUCUGAAGUUUGGCAGUUUGGCGAUCUUGGCGACGUCCGAUUGCCAUUGAUUUUUUACUCGGUGCAUUGUAAAAUAAAUUGUUGGUCAAUUGAUAUUUGUUUAACAAUGCUGACACGCGUUGUGAGACCAGUGGCACGAGUUGCACAUUGUGGUGUUCGUCGUUACCACGAUGAAACCAAACCCUUCAAAUACCCCACCAUGGAUGAGUGCCCCGUGCCCGAGGGAUCGUGGCAGGAGUACCACGAUAAGAGACAGAAGACAUACAAUCUCCAGCUCAUUGGAGGCAUUGCUUUCUUAGCUGGUGCCUUCACAGUCGCCAAAGUAACUGGUUGUCUUUACUUUAACUGGGGACCCAAACUUCCCGAGGGAUACGUUCCUGUUAAAUAUUACGAUUAGAUUCUACGUUUGGAGGAGACAAACUUGUCAAAUUAGAUAAUUUAGAACGUUCUUGUAUAACAAACUGAAGAAAUGAAAAAAAUUGUAAUAACUGUAAGUUGUAUAAAUUUUAUUGGCAUUUUUGUCUGCCCUCUGUACUUGAUAAGCAGUAAAUCAUGUUGAUGGAAUAACA